GAUCAAUACUCGGACCACUCAUCCGCUGUUGACGUUUCCUUGUUUGCCGACGACAAAAAAUGCAUCUCAGUUAUUGAAUCACCGGUUGACGCCUGUGUCCUUCAAGCUAAAGCGAGAAACGUGGAGAAAUGGGCUGAGUUUUGGAGGCUCAAAUUCAACGCCGAAAAAUGCAAAGUUCUGAGCGUUACAAGAAAACGUCAUCCUCUUGUUGCUGAAUACAUUGUCAACGGUAAAACUUUGCAGCAUGCUUCCUCCCAGAAAGACCUCGGAGUGACGGUUUGUUCAGAUCUCAGAUGGAACACUCAUAUUUACGAGCAAGUUACGAAAGCCAACCGCCUACUUG